AUGUCUGUCUCAUAUAGUUCUGAAGCAACUCUUGAUAGUGCGACCUGGGUGGCUGUCUUGCUGAGCGAACGCGAUGUCGCCGGCCAAAUCCCAAUCAACUUUGUAACCAAUCCUGCGGUAUCGUUGACGGCUGCCUGUUUUGGCGACGGCCUUUACGAUAAAACUGCCGCUACAAAAUGCAUAUCCAAUCUCCUGUCGGUCGGGUACCGACGGCUAAUACUAGACAUAUAUUGGUCAGUCGAACAUAGGACAUGGACCUUUUGCCCUGUCGACAUUCCCACCACGGCCGAUAUCAUGCUUUCGGCAUACACCUCGACCGUGCGCAGUUCCUCGACGACAUCCACAGUCACAUCGACCUCCACCGAGUCCGCGUCCACGUCAACGUCCAUGUCCACAACAACCGAGGCAGCCGACGCGACGAUAACGGGAUACACGGAUUCUCAGGAUGACAAAGUCUACGAGCUCGGGCCGUACAGGUGUACCAAAAGCCUUGAUCUAUACACAAUAUCACAAAUACUAGUCGGAUACUUCCAGAACACGAGAUCUAGAGAGGAUACUUAUACAACCUGGUUGGCUCUGAACCUUCAUGUCGCAGGCAGUGAUUCAGCGCCGACAGAGCCUACAUCGGCAGUCACAGGUGAUGACUUGCCCAAGACAGAGACGGAAAGGGCUGGCUCGUACCUUGGAACGGUACUCAGUGACUAUAUCUAUACUCCGGCUCAGCUUGCCAAGGAUCGAAGCAACCUGAACGAGUCCUGGUAUGAGGUCGAGGAGAGCUACAUGCCUAUCGUGGAAUACUACACGAUCCACACAGAUGAAUCUGGUCAACAGAGCACUCCGGAUGGAUGGCCGUCUGCAAAAUACAUCCAAUUUGCCAAAUCGGACAGAAUACUAAUUGAGUAUGGGUCUGUGGAUCCCCAGCUGGCCGAGUAUGAUCUGUCGCAAGAUGAAGAUAAAAUUUUCAGUCCACAUUAUAUGUUUUCGGGUGUGGAUAUUUCCACCGCGGAAAACGGCACGGUGACUUCGGGCUGUUUAUAUGAACCGGGAGCCACCGCUGUAUCACAAGCCAAUUCUUCAUGGGCAACUAGUCAAAUCCCUGUUACGGAUGGAUUGUCCACAGAAAGUACUAUGGGAUCCAUUGCCGAUAUUAUCGCUGGGAUUACUGCCUGUGGCAUGUCUCCAAUGCUAAACAGUACUCUUUUCGAUCAAAGCGCUGAUGCCAGUGUCGAGCAUUACCGCAAUGUAUCUCUUUCAACGAGCUGGGCUUGGGCAGUCGGCGAGCCUCAAGGCGCAGGGACUGGCGGCGGUACAAAUGAUGAGCCUGCAUUUGACCGCUGCUCCAUCAUGGAUCUUUCGCUCGAAGGCCGCUGGCGGGCCACCAACUGCACUGAAGUACGACGCGGUGCCUGUCGAGUAGGCAACUCCCCGUUCUCGUGGACGGUGACUAAUGCAUCGGCGAAGUAUUCGGACAUCUCGGAGUCUUGUCCACCAGGGUCUACUCUUGCGGUACCCCGAACUGGUCUUGAAAACACCUAUCUCUAUAAGCAACUCCUCUCUGAGGAUUCAACAGUCCUGGACUCGACAUCCUCGGACCCGGCUCUCCGUGAGAUUUUCCUGGAUUUCAAUUGUAUUGAUAUUACUUCCUGUUGGGUCACCGGUGGGCCACAAGCGACCUGUCCUUACGCGAAUAAUCCACAACAGCUGGAGCGUAAGACAGUGCUUGUUUCCGUUGUUGCUGGAGUGGUGAUCUGUGUCAUCUUUGCAUUGACUGUCUUUGUCAAGUGUAAUACUAAUCGUCGAAACUCUCGUCGUCGAAAGCGUGUUAUUGAGGGCUGGGAGUAUGAGGGUGUUCCCUCAUAA